AUGACUGCCGCUAAGAACCCUAUCUCUUUGAAAGUUAACGCCGCCCUAUUCGACGUGGACGGAACCAUCAUCAUCUCGCAGCCAGCCAUCGCCGCCUUCUGGCGCGACUUCGGUAAGGACAAGCCUUACUUUGACGCCGAGCACGUGAUCCACAUCUCACACGGAUGGAGAACGUACGACGCGAUCGCCAAGUUCGCCCCAGACUACGCCGACGAGGACUACGUCACCAAGUUGGAAGGUGAGAUCCCAGAGAAGUACGGUGAGCACUCCAUCGAGGUGCCAGGCGCCGUCAAGCUCUGCAACGCCUUGAACGCUCUGCCAAAGGAGAAGUGGGCUGUUGCCACCUCCGGUACUCGUGACAUGGCCCAAAAAUGGUUCAAGAUCUUGGGCAUCGAGAGACCCAAGAACUUCAUCACUGCCAACGACGUCAAGCAAGGUAAGCCAUACCCAGAGCCUUACUUGAAGGGUAGAAACGGUCUAGGCUACCCAAUCAACGAACAGGACCCAUCUAAGUCCAAGGUCAUUGUCUUCGAAGACGCCCCAGCUGGUAUCGCCGCCGGUAAGGCCGCCGGUUGCAAGAUCGUCGGUAUUGCUACCACCUUCGACCUCGACUUCUUGAAGGAGAAGGGCUGUGACAUUAUCGUCAAGAACCACGAGUCCAUCAGAAUUGGUGGCUACGACGCCGAGAAGGAUGAAGUCGAAUUCAUCUUUGACGACUACUUGUACGCCAAGGACGACCUACUAGAAUGGUAA